AUGUUUUCAACUGAGGCUCUACAGGAUAUUGCUGAAGAUGCUGCAUCUGAAUUAGGUGAUGAUGCUUAUUAUCAAGAUGAUGAUUUGGCAGAAGAAACUGAUAUAAAAACAAAUAUUGAAGAUAAUUCUAAUAGGCCAGCAACUACUAAAUCUGUUCAUUUACAACAAUCACGUCCACGUGCAUAUGAUUUCAGUGCUAAUAAUCUUAGACGUGAUCAAACUAUAGAACGUAUUAUUGAUUCACGUAGAUCAAGUAUUAUUGAAAAUGAAUAUACAAAUUUAGCACAAAUAACAUCACAAAAUCGUCGAUCACCACAUGUUGUUCGUUUAAAUUCAAUAAAAUCACGUUCUAUGACAAUUCAAACGGAAAAUGAUAUACAUAAUAAUGAUAUAAAAGAUCGAAUAGUAAAUUCUCAAAAUAGUAAAAAUAUACCAUUAACAUCUACACUUCAAUUUGAUAAUGAAAAAUGGGAUGAUGGAUUAAAUACUGAUUUUGAUAAACAAAGUAUUGCAUCAAUAGAUAAAUCAAGUUUACAAAUUUAUGAAGAUACAUGUAAACGAUUAAAUAUUUGUCCAUGUUCAAUGAUUAUACGAUCAUUAAAUACAACAAAAAUUAAUUUAGAAAAUUAUGGACUUGGAUCAAAAGGAUCAGCAGCUUUAGCUGUAGCUCUUGUUCGUAAUACAACUGUUGUAUCACUUAAUUUAUCAGGAAAUAAUAUUGGUAGUGGUGGUAUGUCGUAUAUCUAUCAAAUUCUUAUGGAUAAUACAUUUAUUGAGGAAUAUAAUUUAUCCUAUAACAAUCUUGGUACAAAAGGUAUUCGUAAAUUAGCAGCUGGUGUUGUCUCUAAUGCUCAUAUAAAAACUUUAAACAUUGCCGGUAAUGAAUUAACAGCAAGUGAUAUUAAUAUUUUUCUUUCAAAACUCGAAGAUCAUUCAAACCUUAAAGAUCUUAAUCUAAGCCAUAACAAAUUAGAUAAAGAAGGUGGAGUCUAUGUUGCUAAAUGGCUAAGUGAUAAUAGUACUUUACUUAAUCUUGAUGUUAGUUGGUGUAGUAUUCGUUUAAUGGGUGCUCGUGCUCUAGCUGAAGCAAUUGGUUCUAAUAAUAAAUUAAUUUCACUUAAUUUAUCAAAUAAUAGUUUUAUAAAUGAUACUGUAGAAUUUUUAACAAAUUCAUUAACACGUAAUAUGACUUUAAACAUUUUAAAUUUAUCUGGAAAUCAAAUAUUUUGUCGAUAUGAUACAAGAAUAAAAGAAGAUCCAUCAAUAUUAAUUACUGGAAAAGAAUCAUUUAUUUAUAAAAUGUUUGUUGCAGCUGCAACAAAUCAAGCAUUAAAAAUAUUUCAAAUAGGAAAAAAUCAUCUUGAUGCACGUUGUAUUAUGAUUAUGUUAGAAGCAUUAUCAAAACUUGAUAAUAUUUCAUUAGAAGAACUUGAUUUAACUGGUUUAACAUUAAGUUUAAAACAAAAUUCUGAUAUACAUAAAUUUUUUGAAAAUCAUCCAAAAUUUACAUGUUAUGUUGGACCAAUAAGACAAACAGUAGAACAUUUUGCAAAUAAUCUACUUAAUUCAAUUCAUAAACAUUGUAAAGAAAAUCAAAUUAAUUUAGGAAAUAUAUUUAAACCAAAUGAAGAAAAUUUUAUGUCAAAUUUAACAAUAACUUAUGAUGAAUUUCGUGAAGGAUUAAAAACAGUAAAAAUACCAUUUCCAGUUGCACAAAUUGAGAAUAUUAUGAAAUAUUUGGGACGAGAUGAUGAUGAAGGAACAAUUUCAUUCAGUUCACUUGAAAUGGAAUAA